AUUACGCUGAUAAGCUUCGAGAGCAUUCUCUCUUAUCAUUAGUGUGCUCUGUGGCGAAUUGAUCCUGCACGCACACGGUUAUUUUUAAACGAGCACAACUCUUAAAUAUCGACAGCACUCUCUCCUCAUCACUAGUUCCAUUUCAAAGAUGCAGGGCGAAUACAUUCCAGAUGUGGUUGGCUCGGACGGAAGGGACUUCGGCAAAACCGUCUGUAUCAUAACAGGAGCGUCUAAGGGCUUGGGGCGGUGUUUGGCCAAAGAAAUCGCCCUGUUGCUUAAACCGGGAUCGAUGUUCUUUUUGGUUGCUCGGUCUGGUGACAAGCUGCGAGAGCUCCAGGCUGAGCUAGCCGCCAUUCGUGCAGGCAAGGCCGGCUUGAUAACUCGAUGCGUGGUCGCAGAUUUGGGUGUGAAGGAUGAUGUGGACCGAGUGGUGGGGGAGAUCCGAGAGGCAGCGUCAGACAUCAUCGACAUGAACCAGCUCCUCCUGAUAAACAAUGCGGCCUCGCUGGGCGAUAUCUCGCGCUUCGCUAAGAGCUUCACAGACGUGCACGAGGUCAACGCGUACCUGUCCUUCAACGUGAGCUCCGCCCUCAGCCUGACGGCCGGCGUGCUGGAGGUGUUUCCACGGCGACAGGAGCUGCGGCGCUGCGUGGUCAACAUCAGCUCGCUGUGCGCCGUCCAGCCGUUUCCCUCCUGGGUCCUCUACUGCACCGGCAAGGCCGCCAGAGACAUGAUGUUUAGAGUGCUGGCCGCCGAGGAGCCCGACCUCAGAGUGCUCAACUACGCACCAGGCCCGCUGGACACAGACAUGCUGCUGCAGGCGAGGACUGAGUCGGGGGACGCUGGGGUCAAGAGCUCCAUAGUGGCCAUGCACUCCCAGGGGCAGGUGCUGACCUGCCAACAGACCUGCAGCAAGCUGCUGAGGGUCCUACUGGACGACGAGUACACGUCCGGCACUCACCUCGACUACUAUGAUGUGUAGCGCGCACACACACACACACACAUGCGUACACACACACACACACACACACACACACACACCUGCCAACAGACCUGCAGCAAGCUGCUGAGGGUCCUCCUGGACGACGAGUACACGUCCGGCACUCACCUCGACUACUAUGAUGUGUAGCGCGCACACACACACACACACAUGCGUACACACACACACACACACACACACACACACACACACCUGCCAACAGACCUGCAGCAAGCUGCUGAGGGUCCUACUGGACGACGAGUACACGUCCGGCACUCACCUCGACUACUAUGAUGUGUAGCGCGCACACACACACACACACAUGCGUACACACACACACACACACACACACACACACACCUGCCAACAGACCUGCAGCAAGCUGCUGAGGGUCCUACUGGACGACGAGUACACGUCCGGCACUCACCUCGACUACUAUGAUGUGUAGCGCGCACACACACACACACACAUGCGUACACACACACACACACACACACACACACACACACCUGCCAACAGACCUGCAGCAAGCUGCUGAGGGUCCUACUGGACGACGAGUACACGUCCGGCACUCACCUCGACUACUAUGAUGUGUAGCGCGCACACACACAUGCGCGCACACACACACACACACACACACAUGCACACACACACACACACACAUGCGCACACACACACACACACACACACACACAUGCGUACACACACACACACACAUGCGUACACACACAUGCGCACACACACACACAUGCGUACACACACACACACACACACACAUGCGUACACACACACACACACACACACACACAUGCGUACACACACAC